AUGGAUGGAAACUCCUCACUCCAGACCGAGGAGUGGAAAAACACCAAACAGGCGGUCGCAAACUUCCGCACACUACUGCUUUGCUCCAAAUGCUCUGAUCUGAUGAAGGAGCCCGUCUGUUUGGGCACGUGCGAGCAUAUGCUGUGCAGGUCUUGUGCUGGCCCCCAGGCAGGGGACGGCUGUGUGGUGUGUCACAGCCCUGCGUGGGUGAAGGACAUCCAGAUCAACAGACAGCUCAGCGGCAUCGUACAGCUCUUCAGUGAUUUGGAGUCCCUGCUAAAUUCCACAGAACAACCUGACUCAUCUGCUGCUGAAGUCCAAACACAACCUGAGACUGCAGUCUUAAAACACAAGAAGAACUUUAAGAUCUGGUUCAGUCCACGCAGUCGUAAGGUGCGAUGCAAGGUGGAGAAGCCUUCAGAGGUCGAUGUACCAGACGUCCAAUCUUCUGCUGAAGUGGCUGCAUCACAACUAAGAACCGAUACUGCUCUGUGCCAAGACCUGUCAGUUUUUAAUUUUACUUCAUCCUCCCAGGACUCUUCUUCUUCGUCUCAAAAAUGCAGCAACGUAAACAAAAAAGGAAAGAAGAGGUCUAAGAAAACUGCUACCAGCAGCCAUGUGCAAAAACCAACUAAAACCACACGUAGACAGACAAAGCAGAAUAUAAAGAAGCAAAAGCUGGAGGCCAUAAACCAACAAUGGGGAAUAACAGAGGAAGAGCCUGCUCCAUCUAAACCGGAGAAGCCCUGUGCUGAUGGAGCAAGAAGGUCUAGUAAAAGGGUUUCUUUCCUCAGCCCUCCUGUCACCUCAGAUGAGCCUCAGCUUGCGGCACCACAGAGUAACACAAACAAAGUCAGUCCUGCCAGCAGCACAACCAAAAGGAGUCACUCAAAAGACAGGAUAAAUGCAUCAAAUUACCAAACUGAGCCUGGUCAGAGCACGCUGAACGAGAAACUAUCUGCAAAUGACUCUUAUCCAAGUGACAGUCUCGAAAAAUUGGAAAACAUAUCUCCUCCAGAGAAUCCCUCAAAAAGAAGGGGAAGAGAGGAGAAAGCCUGCACCUUGGAGAAUACUCCAAAAAGACCGAGGGCUUCUCCAUGCCGUAGGACAAAAUCAUUGGGUCGGAUAUCUCCGGCUGUCAUCAACCGUUUAUCUUCGGCAAGCCCCAGGAGUGAUAAGAGCAGCAAAACCUCCAGAGAGGAAAGGGGUAGUCCCUCUGUCAUAGACUCUGUGUCUAUAGAAGUCCACAGCAAAUCUCCGUGUAGUCCUGGAUCAUCUGUCGGGCGAUCAAGCUCUGGAAGUCCUGCGGUUAUGAAGAGAAACCACAAAGGAGAGACCCCGCUGCAUCUCGCUGCAAUUAAGGGAGACAUAGAGGCUGUCAAGGAUCUGCUGGACCAGGGAGCUGACCCCAACCUCAAGGAUAAUGCUGGAUGGACACCUCUGCAUGAAGCGUGUAACCUGGGCCACCUGCCAGUUGUCGAGGUGCUGGUCUCCAGAGGAGCCUUGCUGAACACAACUGGCUAUGAAAAUGACUCUCCACUCCACGAUGCUGUAAGAAAUGGACAUGCAGCCAUUGUUAAACGGCUUCUGCAGCUCGGGGCUUUGCAGAAUGUCCUUAAUCUGCAUGGGAAGCGGCCUGCAGAUUAUGCGGUGAGCCAGGAGAUGUUGGAGAUUUUCCAGGAAGCUGCUGCUGAAGGAACCCAGUAUGCUAAUUCUCAUGCAUCUCAUAGCCCCUCAGCCACUCUCUCUGCGGUGAGUGACUGUGUGAAAAGAGAUCAGAUUGUGGUGUUUUUGCCCACCAAGCUGUCGCAACCACAACAACAUCAGUUGGCCAAACUAGAAGAUCUUCUGGGAGGAAAAAUGGUUGACACCUUUUCUGGCUCAGUGAGCCAUGUUGUUGUGCCAGAAGGACAAAUGCCCACCACCUACUCCACCCUCCUGGGUAUUCUGGCGGGCUGCUGGAUUGUCAAAUACAGCUGGGUGAAAGCAUGUCUGCAGGCAGGGGAGUGGCUGCCAGAAGCUGAGUAUGAAGCAGGAGAAGGCCCUCAGCGCAGUCGCAUCAACAAAUGCAGCUUGCUCCCACCGCUCUUCGACGGCUGCUUCUUCUUCCUCCUCGGCUCCUUCAAGGCUCCAACCAAAGAUCAGAUCACCAAGCUGCUACGAGAAGGAGGCGGACAACUGCUGAGCCGCCAACCGAAACCAGACAGCGACGUGACGCAGACUCUGGACGCAGCAGCCUACCACGCCCAGCCAGGCUCCGACCAGGCCCUCUGCACCCAGUACAUCAUCUAUGACCAGCAGGGAGCUUUCAGGCCUGCAGUGGUCAGACGGGGGAAGGUGUGGUCUGCUCCCUCCACCUGGGUCAUUGACUGCAUCGCAGCGUUUUGCCUCCUCUCUGUGCCAGACCCCAGUUAAUGUCCUAAUCCAUUAUUACUAACCGGAACAAUUAUUUCACAUUCAGUUUUGUUUUGUAACCAUUGAUAAUUAAGUUGAUUGGUAACAUAAUUUGCAUAUUAUAUAAAAAAGAAAGAGAAUUA